GGAUGUAGAGCAGUACUGUGGAAUUCAUUGUAACACAUCAAAUAAAGGGCUGUCUUUAGAUUUCCAUCUACAUAUCAAAGUGUUUGUACUGGGAGAAGGCAGAAAGGAAUGGAGGAGAUUUAUACCCAAGGCGUCUGGAUGGCCGAAGGUCUCCAGCAGAGGACGAAGACUCAGGAGAAAUUCUGGCUUACGGUCACUCAUAUGGGAGACCCUAAAGCAGCCUUUUUGCUCGUCUUUCCUUUUACUUAUUUCAUCAACAGGAGAGCUGGGGUAGCGGUGCUUUGGAUGGCAGCUAUAUCGGAGUGGUUAAACUUAGUGUUCAAAUGGUUGCUGUUUGGAGAGAGGCCAUUCUGGUGGAUCGGUGAAUCGCGUCUUUUUGUCAACAAGCAACCGAAAAUUCACCAGUUUCCGUCCACCUGUGAAACAGGCCCAGGCAGUCCGUCUGGACAUGCGAUGGUGACAGCAGCAGUCUGGUGGGUCAUUGUGUCCUCGCUGGGGUCCUUUCUGUACUCCCGUUCUCACAGUGUUCUCUUAUCAGCUGCUCCCUACGUCCUCUAUGUGGUGAUGCUUGUUGCAGUUGGAAUCUCCAGGAUCUUUAUCCUCGCACACUUUCCUCAUCAGGUCGUUGCUGGCUCCAUUACAGGUUUCAUUCUGGGGAUUGUCCUGAGCUGCAGAGUACCAGAAGGUCGCCCCCUGCUGUUCUUCUUUAGUUUAAGCUUUGGGCUGCUGUUCGGAGCUCUGAUGCUCCAUGCUGGAUUAAAGCAGCUGGGAAUUGACCUCUCCUGGUCUAUUGCUUUGGCCAAGAAAUGGUGCAGCCAUGCAGAAUGGAUUCGUUUAGACACAGCCCCAUUCUCCUCUCUCACCCGAGACUGUGGGGCCCUGUUGGGUUUGGGGCUAGCACAGUACUGGAAGCCUGGUGGAUGGUCUCUACCUUGGGCUCCCAGAGCUUUGUCUAUGGCUGUAUCAUCCAUGGGUCUUUACCACGUGAAUCGUCUACCGCUCCCAGUCCGACCACUGGGCCUUUUCUACAGCCUGUUCUUUGUCAAAUUCGUCCUAGUGCCUCUGAUCGUUAUGGUACUUGUGCCUGGGCUGGUACACCUAUUAACAUUCAAAAAAAAGAAAGACUAGAAGAGUUCCUCCACACAUGAUGUGCACCUUAAACACCUCCCAAAACUGGAGUUUCCUUCAGAGUUUGUAUAAACACAUUUAAUGUUCGCUGCGUUUCAGAACCAUUUUGAUGGGUAUGGGUUAAGUUUAAUUUUCACGUCUUAAAAUUCACUAAACAAUGGCCUUUUAUCCAGUCUGUGACCUGUGUUUUUCCUCUUAUUUGAUGAUUUUAAAAGUGCCGGUAUUGAGACAUUGUGGCGUAAAGUAUGUCUCUAGUGAAUCUAGUGCAAUCAUAAGUGUUGUAAAUACUACAGUAUUUUUGCUAAAUAUCGACUUUAUUGGGAAAAGUGCAACUUUGUUUAUGUGCAUUUUGUGUUGUUUGAAUCUUUACGAGUCAAAGAUUGUUACCGAGGUUUAAAACCUCAGAUUUGCGACUAGUGAAAGGCAAAGAAUUUGAACAUU